AUGGUGGUGACCUGGGGUUUGCAAUCCAUCGCAGACAGCCUGGUCCUGGAAUUGACCGCUGUUCAGCAUAUUCAGGCAAACUCCGCGGCCUUUGCGGCAAUCUUGCAAGAUGGAUCUGUGGUCACUUGGGGUGACGAUGCACGCGGCGGCAGAAAUGUGGAAGUCCAGAGACAGCUGAAGAGGGUGCAGCAUGUCCAAGCAACGGUCUCUGCCUUUGCUGCUAUAUUGGAUGGCGGAUGUGUUGUGACAUGGGGGUUUGGAAGGCAUGGUGGCGACAGCAGCGCGGUUCAGGAACAGCUCGUGAUGGUGAGACAUAUACAAGCCACAUCCCGUGCCUUUGCUGCUUUGCGUGAAGAUGGAUCGGUGGUGACCUGGGGGUGCUCGGAUGCUGGUGGCACCAGCGAUCAUGUCCAGGAGCAACUCAGCAAUGUGCAGAUGGUCCAGGCGAGCUCCAAUGCUUUCGCUGCACUGCGCCGUGAUGCGAGAGUGGUCGCAUGGGGCAGUCCCCUGCACGGCGGAGACAGCGGGGCUGUUCAGGGGCAGCUGCAGAACGUGAAGGAGAUCCAAGCAGCCCCUUACUCCUUUGCUGCCAUCACCGCCGGAUCCAUCGUGUCCUGGGGCUUGGAUUGCCUGCGCAACGUCGCCAUCCGCCUGGGCGUCAGUCGACCGACCCGAAUGGGUGAGCGGGCAGCCAAAGAGACGCAGCCCUGGCACCAUCCAGAGGGCCUCCUGCGGCCACGGGGACACCCAACGAUCGAGUCGAUCACGAGCCGAAGUUCGGCGACUUUGUGGCGUGAUCUGUACCUCCGGUUUCCACCGAAGCCCAUGUGCGUCUCGCUGUCACUGAGCUACACGAAGGUGCUGCAGGAGAGUCUGUCAGGGCUCACGCCCGCGAGUACCCCGGUUGCCAACUCCGCUGCUGAAGACGUGUGGAGCGACGACGAAGAGGGCGAGGAUCGUUUUCACUUUGCGUGCUUCCCUGUGUCCAUGGGCCUCUCAGCGUACUUCCGCCCUUUUCGGGGCUUCGACUUCCCGCAAUGUGGCGCCUUGCCGCCUCCUCUGAUGCUGGCGGCCUGCAGCCAAAGCAAAACGCAGGAUGCCAAGGACCUGCAGCUGCCCCAGGACUGGACCCUCAGCGGGUUUCAUUGCCUCGCCGGCCCGGGCCUCCGCUGCCUCGCGGCCAUUGCUUGCGAUAACGAGAGCUUGCUUUGCUUCAUCUUCCGGCAUUCCCAUGAAGCGUCGAGCUUGGAGAUCCGCUCCAACAACGAGGAGGCUGGUGUGGACAAUUUAUUUUUCAAUUCUAAAUUUCCACGGUUUGGUGGCAAAGGGAGUGCUGUCCUGGAGCCGGUCAGUGUCCUCACCGUGGGGGCGAGGGGUUUUUGGAGGAAUUCGAUUUUCAUGCUGGACGACAGCAUCAUUGCAGAGGAUUCUCCUCGUAACGAGGAUGCACGGGCGUCGCGCAAAGGCUGCUACAGCGCUUGGCUGAUCAAGGCCAAGAACGAGGCUGCCCGUUUGAGACUCCUCCAGAGCUCCACCACCAGGUACUUUACUAUCGACUUCGAUGCGCAGAUAUUUUACUACUCGCAUUCCAUCACACAGAAAAAGGUAUCACAGCCGAUUCCAUUCAGAGACUUCCUUGGGGCCGAGCGGUUGCCACUGCCGGCCAAGUCGCGGAGGGGCAAAAGCCAGACUUUUGGCUUCACCCUCAACACCAAAGAUCGGCACUUCGAGCUUUACACCUCGAGUGCCGCAGAUGCAGCACAGUGGACGUUUGCUCUAAACGCUGCCAUGGAGGCCGGCAAGAAGGCCAAAGAAAGGACUCCCCUGGGGGCGCUCAAGGUGGAAGCAAAGCGGCAAAAACAGGUAUCCCAACAGCAGGAGGAGGAUCAAUCUCUUCCUCCUCCGUCUCUUCCAUCGCAGCUCCCUCCCAGCGCGGAAGAGGAGGAAGAGGCAGCACGGAAAGCGGAGGAGGAAGCCGAGGCCGUCAGAAGACAAGCCGAGGAGGAGGAAGAGGCACGAAGACUUCAGGAGGAAGCGGAGGCUGCCCGAAAGCAAGCUGAGGAAGAGGCCGAGGCCGCCAGAAUAAAGCUGGAGGAGGAAGCAGAGGCUGCCCGAAAGCAAGCUGAGGAAGAAGCCGAGGCUGCCAGAAGAAAAGUGGAGGAGGAGGAAGCGGCACAAAGACUGCAGGAGGAAGCAGAGGCCGCCCGAAAGCAGGCAGAGGAGGAAGAGAAAGCAGCGAGAAGAAAAAUGGAGGAGGAAAAGGCGGCGCGAAGGCUGCAGGAAGAGGAAGAAGCCGCCCGAAAGCGAGCUGAGGAGGAAGAAGCCGCUCGAAAGCAGGAUGAGGUGCACUGCUUAAAACGGCAGUGCUCAGCUCUUUAG